AUAUGGAUAAAUUUUCUUCAAUUUUGUGAUCUCGAGUCGUCUAAAUGUCGGGAUAAAAAGUAAAACAAAUUUUUAUCGUAACACAAACAAUUUUACCACGAAAAAGAUAAAGGUUUCAAGUGAAGUUAUUAUCCAAUAUUAUUAGUGGUUUGUGCAUCAAGUUUCGGUGUAGCUUUGCUAUUUUUUCGAGAUGUUUUAUUACCACGGAGACUUUGAGUCGCAAUAAUUGUAAAUAUUUGCCAAUUCUGCUAUUUACUGCGUGUGAAAUUAUAGCCGAAGCAGUGUGAGGUGUGUAGGCCAGGAUGACGAUGAUAGAUGGUGUUGGUGACGAAGUCGUGCAAUUUGUAGCUGUGGUACUGGUCGUCAUAGUGGCAGCCCUGGCCUGGUGGUCUACCAAUGCUCGGCCAGAUCGAUACCGAACUGUGCUUGUUAUGCGCUCCAGAACACUUCACCCGGUUACUGUUAGUAUUCGGACUAGAUCAAAUUUAAUGAUAACAGCAGCGCCGACGUCUACAUCUAUAGCAUCCACAUCGGAUAACGCAAAUCCGAGUACCACGGAAGCGACGGACGAGAACAACGCACGUGUUAUUCCUCUCCAGGAGAUGGACAGCAUAGUGGACGCUGACAUGGCCAUGUUGGACAACAACAGACUACAUUUCUACAGGAGAGUCGAUUCUGGAAACACCACACAGAGUGCAUCAGAAUCGACGAGUGACGAGAGCGAAGUACACGAGGAGGUGGAGCCUGCGAGCAACGCUCAGAUCAGGGAGAUGGACAGCAUCGUCAGCGCUAUGGAGGCUGACGUCACCGCCGGCUGUGACUUCUUCACGCGGGCUAGUGAAUCAAAUCCCUCAACAGUAAUCCCUACAACAGUGAAAAAAGAAAACAAAGAGAAUACGCCAUCUACAGCCAAUUUGGAGAAACCAUCAGAAUCAGUGGCGGAUAACGCACAGACGACAGAUGGCGCCGGUGACGACACGAGUAAUCAAGGAACAGAGAGAGAAAGAAUAUUGAUCAAGUUGAAAUAUUUAAACGAUACCUUGAAAGAGGUGGACGGAAGCCUCGAUGAGUUAUUGAAGGAUUUUAAGUGGCGACAUUUCUCGACGGAGCUGACGGCGGAAUGUCGCGUGCGUUUAAUCUUCAACGGGCGCGUACUGCUGGACGACGCGGCCACGCUGCGCGCCUGCGGGCUGCACGACCGCGCCGUCGUGCACUGUCUCGUACAUCCCAAACGGACUGUUAAUCAGCCACGUGGUAUGUCAGAGGACAAUCCAGCGAACGCAACGCACGAGCUAAUCACCGACAGGCCGCAGCCCGAGCGCGCCUGGGACCUCGAGAACAUUCUCAUGACACUCGUCUCUGUUGCACUUACCGUCGUCUGGUUCUUCAGAUGCGAAUAUUCAAACCUAUUCACGGCGAGUGCAAGCUUGGCGUUGUUCGGUCUGACAGUAUUCUACAGUGUCGCCAUCUUCGGGCUGUACCUGUCCGACACAUUCCACUUCGACCGCCGGCCCGCGCAGCCCGUGCCGGACAACUAGAGUACUACAGUACUCGCGACACAAGCCCCACUUGUCUAAAAUAACAUUUGUAAAAUAUGGAAGAAAUACAUUACCGUGGAGUAACGUGUGAGUAGCUAACAUCCCACACAUAGGAGAAAAUCCUAGUGUUGGGCAACGUUUUAUUAAAAAAAGAAACCUAGCAAUAAAAAGUGCUUUCACCCAAUUGGUGGCCACGACGCCACGACACGGUAAUGUAUAUCUACCUUCGUACAUAUGCCGCCUUUUCUACUAUGUUCGUACGUUCGUAUUUACGCGUUUGGAUCCAAGCGUACGUGAGUAGCAUCGCGGCCACAUUGUCCACGGACAAUAAAAAACUAUUUUCUCGCAGUCUAUUUAUUUUAAAUAUAAGAUGACGUCAUUAGUGUAAGUUGGAGGAUUAAAGAGCAUUUGAAUCGGUCUACUCGUUACGUGUUUAAAUUCACGAUAAGCAUUUAUCGUAGAAAUAGAAACGAAGGUCUUCCUUUGUAUGAAACAUUUUGUACUGUAGUGGGAUACAGUUUGUAAGACGCGCGCCACUAUGCUACUCGCUACAGCUGUGGUAGAGCUCUAUACAUAUAUGCAGGUCAUAUCGCUGUAUAAAUAUUAUCAUUUGAAAUUAAUCAAUACCAAGCGCUUAUAAUUUUAGUUGAAUAUUAUAAUUGGCUUAGCAAAACAGUCAUGUAUAUAAAAACGUUGAAUAAACAUAGUGUAAUGAAUAAAUAACUAGAAAAAAAUAUAUUAUUUGUGAAUGUACACAAAAUCGUUUGCAAUAUUAACUAUAUUAUUAUUAUAUAAAAGUUUAAAUGUGAAAGAAUACCAAAAGAAUUCAAGGAAACUAAUUUGUAUGUUUAUCUCGUAGAAGGAGUAUGUUAUCAAAAAUUGUUUUUAUUUUUCAUUGUAAAUACAACAGAAGGUAAGUAUGUUUGUGAAAUACGGAAUCUGAUACUUAAUUCAUCUUCAUACAUUGCACAAAACGAUACUAAAUAAAUCGAGACCUAGGCUUUCCAAGUUAUUGAUUGAUUGGACCGUCCAAACUUGGAAUCUUGAACUGAACAAGCAAUAUUACUCAGGUAAUCUUGCAUUCCAAACGAAAUCUCUUAUUUUAAAAAGCUGUGAUUCCAAAUAUUGGCGUUUUUUUUUUUUAUUUUAGUGCACUUGUCAAUAUUUUUAUUUUUUUCAGUCAAAAGCAUCUUGUGUUAAAAUAACAUGGUGUUGCUGGUCUCAAAAAUUGUAAAUAACGAUAAUAGGUUUAAAACAUUGUUUUAUAUUUAUUUAGAAGUAAGUUCGGAUCUUUUUGUUUUAUUAUUAUUACUCUCAUCAACUACACAUCAAAUUAAUAUUUUUCUAACUUUAUAUUUCCUUUCAUUCUAUCAAAACAUUUAGUAAUCAUUAUCAAGCUUAUAAAUUCUAGUUAAUAUAUUAUUAUAUUUGGGUACCUAAUCGUUUUCUACGCUAAUAAACGUUUUAUUGUUAUUUACUUUUAAGGACAUAGAUAUAUUAAAAGUAAAUUUUAAUUGAAAUCUA